AUGUGUGCAAUCUGUGCAAAUGUGAUCGCAGCCACAACGCGAUCGACAAAAACGGUGAUGCUGACUCUUCUGACUGAAUCCUCGCCCCCAAAACACCAGUCGCCGAAGUUCCACUCCAUCCGCCAGAUUUUCGGAGUAGGGGGUUCUUAUCUGAGAGUAGCGAUAAAAAAGGCAGUUACUCAUUCUCUUAUUUCGACCAAAUCCCCGCCUCCAUUCGUUUGCGGAAGUCGACGUCGCGAAAUGAGCUCUUCUCAAAGUACCAUUCAAGAAGAAUGUCUUCGUCCAGCUCAUCUCCCACACGCCCAAGUCAUCAUCAUCGAUGUUGUCGCAAACACCACUGUUAUCAACACCGAUACCACCAUCGUCAACAUGUACACCGGCACCAAUGUCAGCAACACUUCCAUCGAUGUAUCUUUACAACGUCGAGAACGUCGUCAAAUUUCUCCACGGGGAUUUGAAUCCACAACUCUCAAAGUUGACUCCCCCAUCAGCAGAAAUCACUCCUUCGACUGCGUGAAGUUAAAAUUGUGA